AUGGAUCCAUAUACUCUUCUGAAGGCUAUUGGUUUCCUUCUUUUAGUAAUAAUUGGGAUUCCAGGAAAUGUCUUCAUUAUGAUGCAAUUCACCUACUUGAAGAUAACUGAGAAGAAACUACUUCCAACUAAUUUCAUAUUGAUGGUGCUAGCUCUAGUGAAUCUGCUUGUGAUCCUUUCUCGUAUCAUUCCGCAGUCAAUUAAUGCAUUAGGAGUUGAGGAAUUGUUGGAUGACACAGAGUGCAAAUUUGUCAUCUUCACCUACAGAGUAAAUAGGGCCAUGUCUAUAUGUGUCACCAGUUUUCUUAGUUGUUACCAGUGCAUACUUAUUGCUCCAAAUACAAAGAUAUGGAUGUAUUUAAAACAUAAAGUUACCCAAAAUGUAGUGGCUAUUAUUUUAUUUUUCUGGAUAAUUAAUAUUGCUAUAUACCCUUAUGUCUUUUUUAGUUCCCAUGCACGAAGAAAUCAAACAACAUCCCCCUAUACUCUCCAUUUAGUUUACUGUGAUUCGGAUUUCUUGAACUACAUGGCAUAUAUAGUCAAUGGGUCAAUUUAUUCUCUUCGUGAUUUUAUCUUUGUUGGGCCGAUGGCUUUGGCAAGUAGUUAUAUUGUAUUUAUAUUGCUUAGUCAUGAAAAAUCAGUCAAAGGAAUACGGAGCUCAGACAGAACGCAGAGGAGAUCUGUAGAAUACAGAGCUUCUAAAGCUGUUAUCUUGUUGGUCGCAUUGUAUGUACUGCUUUAUGGUUUGGAUAACUGUAUGUGGAUCUACACUUUGACUUUGUCCAAUGUGACUACCAAUAUGGGUGAAAUUAGAAUUUUCUUAGCUUCCUCAUAUGCAAGUCUAAGCCCUAUAGUAAUAAUAAUUACUAACCCAAAACUUCAGCAGAACUUGCUCACAUGCAGUAAAAAGAGGCAUUGUCAGGGUGAUUUUAAAACUGGAGGAUAUGUUUAUGCAAUAAGCAAAUAG